AUGGCUAUUUCUUGCAAGGAAAAGAUAUUGGUUGUAAAGGUAUUGAAAAGUUCAUUGGUAGAGAAGAAAAGUGAUACAGCUAGUAAUUAUUUUUGUUCUUCACUUGAGGGACUAUCAAAAAGUUUGAAACUUUCCCCUACAAUUGCUGGAGUUACUCUUCUUUCACUUGGAAAUGGUGCACCUGAUUUGUUUUCUAGUAUUGUUUCUUUUAUGAAUGAUGGUACAAAUGAUAUUGGACUUAAUAGUAUAAUUGGUGGUGCUUUCUUUGUUUCAAGUGUAGUGGCUGGAAUUACAAGCAUUUCAAUUAGUCAAUAUGGUAGGAAAAUCAAGAAGUCAAGUUUUAUUGGAAAUGUUGUUUUCUUGAUUCUUUGUGUUCUUUGCCUUCUUGUGAUUAUUUUCCUUGGCAAGAUUCACUUAUGGGGUGCUUUGGCAUUCUUUUUCCUAUAUCUUGUCUAUGUUUGCUACAUAUUUAUCUCCGAAAUUUAUGUCCGAGAAGAGAAGUGCUUGGAUUCUGCAGAAACCCUGAUCGAUGAUUCGUUAGUUUUACCAAUAGCUUGUGACAUGAAAAAACAUCAAGAAUUAUCAUGUGAAUUAAGGGUACCUUUAUUGGUGAAUAAGGGUGAGAUUCAAUGUGGAAAACAAAGGAAAAAAUUUUGUGUAUUGAGAAAAGUUGGGUAUGUUCUUGAAAUGCCACUUGACUUGCCAAGAAAGUUGACAAUUCCAAAUGUUUCAGAGGAGAAAUGGUCCAAGUUAUUUGGAAUUGUGUCAAUCACUUUAGCUCCUUUGUUAUUGGUUUUGAUUUGGGAUUUUUUUGGGCCUAAAUCAAGUAUUUGGGCCUAUGGAAUUGGUGGACUUCUUGGAAUUGGUUGUGGGCUUCUUGUGUUUUUCACUAGUGAUGGGCUUCACCCUCCUAAAAAGUUCAACUUUUUGUGGCUUGGGCUUGGGUUUUUAAUGAGCAUUACUUGGACAUAUAUCUUGGCUGAAGAGCUAAUUUCUUUGUUGGUUUCAAUGGGCCUAAUAUUUGGUAUAAGCCCAUCAAUUUUGGGCCUAACAAUUCUUGCUUGGGGUAAUUCAUUGGGAGAUUUGGUGGCUAAUGUAACAUUGGCUAAAUCUAAUGGGCCAGAAGGAGCCCAAGUUGCCUUAUGUGGAUGCUAUGCUGGGCCUAUUUUUAAUACCUUAGUGGGCUUGGGCCUAUCACUAAUUUUCACAACAUGGAAAUCAUUUCCUUCAAGUUAUAUUAUUCCAAGUGAUUCAACUAUUUAUGAAACUAUUGGGUUUUUAUUAUUGGGCUUACUUUGGGCCUUAGUAAUCUUGCCCAAAAGGGAUAUGAGGCUUGAUAAAUUCUUUGGAGUUGGGCUUUUGGCUAUUUACUCUUGCUUCUUGUUCCUAAAAUUUGCUAGAGCUUUGGGCUUCCUUGAAUUUCAAGUGUCCCCUUAG